UUAUUCUCAACCGGCAAAGCAGAAUCAUCUAAUAUUUCUUUAAGGAAAUUUUGGUACCAAGAUGGCGUAGCGUUAUAAAAAAGCGCUAAGCAAUUGUACAGUCCCUGAUAAAAGACUAUUUUAAUCUGCAAGCAUCCUAGUUUUUCGAAAGAUUAAUGACUCUUGAAAUAGGAUAAAGAUUGCUUUAUAGAAUUGAAUAAGAAAAAAAAACAGAAUGUAUUUAUAUAAUCUGACUCUACAAAAAGCCACUGGCAUUACACAUGCUGUCCAUGGAAAUUUUUCGGGCAGCAAACAGCAAGAAGUUUUAAUAUCACGUGGCAAGUCAUUGGAACUUGUUAGGCCUGAUUCGAAUACCGGCAAAGUACAUACCGUACUGUCGACUGAGGUAUUUGGAUGUGUUAGAUCUUUGAUGUCAUUCCGUUUAACUGGUGGCACUAAAGACUAUAUUGUUGUGGGAACUGAUUCUGGUCGCAUUGUAAUUUUGGAAUAUAAUCCAUCUAAAAACUGUUUGGAUAAGGUGCAUCAAGAAACCUUUGGUAAAUCAGGAUGUCGCCGUAUAGUACCGGGCCAAUACUUGGCAAUAGAUCCAAAAGGUCGUGCUGUUAUGAUUGGAGCUGUAGAAAAACAAAAGUUAGCCUAUAUUCUCAAUAGAGAUGCCCAAGCACGUUUGACUAUUUCGUCGCCACUAGAAGCACACAAAUCAAAUACAUUCACAUACCACAUGGUAGGAGUUGAUGUAGGAUUUGAUAAUCCCAUGUUUGCUUGUUUGGAAAUUGAUUACGAAGAGGCUGAUAAUGAUCCAUCAGGCGAUGCUGCUGAACGUACACAACAAACGCUGACAUUUUAUGAAUUGGAUUUGGGUCUAAAUCAUGUGGUACGUAAAUACUCGGAGCCGUUGGAGGAACACGCAAAUUUCCUAAUUUCUGUACCCGGCGGCAAUGAUGGGCCUUCAGGCGUACUAAUUUGCUCCGAAAACUAUUUGACCUACAAAAAUUUGGGUGAUCAACACGAUAUACGUUGUCCUAUACCCCGUCGUCGCAAUGAUUUAGAUGAUCCAGAACGUGGCAUGAUAUUCAUAUGUUCUGCUACACAUCGUACAAAGAGCAUGUAUUUCUUUUUGGUUCAAACCGAACAGGGAGACAUAUUCAAAGUAACUUUGGAGACAGAUGACGAUGUAGUGUCUGAAAUAAAAUUGAAAUAUUUCGAUACAGUACCACCAGCCGUCUCUAUGUGUGUUUUAAAGACUGGAUUUCUAUUUGUUGCAUGCGAAUUUGGCAACCAUUACUUGUAUCAAAUUGCUCAUUUGGGCGAUGAUGAUGACGAACCAGAAUUUAGUUCGGCUAUGCCCUUGGAGGAGGGUGAAACGUUUUUCUUUGCUCCCAGACCUUUGAAGAAUUUGGUUAUGGUAGAUGAAAUGCCCUCAUUUUCGCCCAUUAUAUCAUCACAAGUUGCUGACUUGGCCAACGAAGAUACUCCCCAAUUAUAUGUUUUAUGUGGUCGUGGUCCCAGAUCUUCUUUGCGUGUGCUACGCCACGGUUUAGAAGUAUCUGAGAUGGCUGUUUCUGAACUACCUGGUAAUCCAAAUGCCGUAUGGACAGUUAAAAAACGUGUUGAUGAUGAAUUUGAUGCCUAUAUUAUAGUAUCAUUUGUAAAUGCUACAUUGGUAUUGAGUAUUGGCGAAACAGUAGAGGAAGUAACCGAUAGCGGUUUUCUGGGUACCACACCCACUUUGUGUUGCGCUUCGUUGGGCGAAGACGCUCUAGUGCAGGUAUAUCCCGAUGGUAUACGUCACAUACGUUCUGAUAAACGUGUUAAUGAAUGGCGAGCUCCCGGCAAAAAAUCUAUAACCAAAUGUGCCGUCAAUCAAAGGCAGGUUGUUAUAACAUUGUCGGGUCGUGAAUUGGUCUAUUUUGAAAUGGAUGCUACUGGCGAACUCAAUGAAUAUACUGAACGCUCUGAAAUGCCAGCUGAAAUAAUGUGCAUGGCCUUGGGUACUGUUCCCGAAGGUGAACAACGUUCCUGGUUCUUAGCCGUUGGUUUAUCUGACAAUACUGUGCGCAUUAUUUCGCUAGAUCCCAAUGACUGUUUAACACCCUGUUCCAUGCAGGCAUUACCCUCACCAGCAGAAUCUCUGUGCUUAGUUGAAAUGGGUCACACGGAAAGCUCAACGAGUGCCAAUGAUGAACCAAACGAACGCACUAAUGUUGCCUCAAAGGGUGGCACCAUAUACUUGAAUAUUGGUCUCAGCAACGGUGUAUUGUUGCGUACAGUUUUGGAUCCUGUCACAGGAGAUUUGGCAGAUACGCGUACUCGUUAUUUGGGCUCAAGACCAGUUAAACUAUUCCGUAUUCGUAUGCAAGGCUCAGAAGCAGUAUUGGCAAUGUCCAGUCGUUCCUGGCUGUCGUACUAUUAUCAAAAUCGUUUCCAUUUAACACCCCUAUCCUAUGAGACCUUGGAAUAUGCUUCUGGUUUUUCGAGUGAACAGUGUAGUGAAGGCAUUGUGGCCAUUUCAACAAAUACACUUCGUAUUUUAGCUUUGGAAAAACUUGGUGCCGUGUUUAACCAAGUUUCAUUUGGUUUAGAAUAUACACCAAGAACAUUUGUCAUACAUCCUGAUACAGGCCGCAUGAUUAUUGCCGAAACGGAUCAUAAUGCAUACACGGAGGAAACUAAAAAUGCCCGUAAGCAACAGAUGGCUGAAGAAAUGCGAAUGGCAGCUGGUGAUGAAGAGCGAGAGUUGGCCAACGAAAUGGCUAAUGCAUUUAUAAAUGAAGUCUUACCCGAAGAUAUAUUUUCUGCGCCAAAGGCUGGUGUAGGCUUGUGGGCCUCUCAAAUAAGGGCUCUAGAUCCCAUUCAGGGGCAAACUCUGUUUAAGAUACCUUUAACUCAAAAUGAAGCCAUUAUGUCGAUGGCUAUUUUGAAGUUUUCUGUGGCCCAAGAUGGUCGCUACUAUUUAGCAGUGGGUAUAGCUAAAGAACUGCUGUUGAAUCCUCGCAUUACCAAUGGUGGUUUCAUUGAUAUUUACAAAAUCGAUCCCACCUGUUCCCAAUUGGAUUUCAUGCAUCGGACCGAACUGGAAGAAGUACCUGGAGCACUUUGUGGUUUUCAAGGUCGUCUGUUGGCCGGUUGUGGUCGAAUUUUGCGAAUUUAUGAUUUGGGCAAGAAAAAACUUUUACGGAAAUGUGAAAAUAAACAUAUACCCUAUCAAAUUGUCAACAUACAGGCCAUGGGUCAUCGCGUUUAUGCCUCAGAUGUUCAAGAAUCUAUAUUCUUUAUACGCUACAAAAGGGCAGAAAAUCAACUGAUCAUAUUUGCCGACGAUACACAUCCCAGAUGGGUGACAGCUACAACACUGUUGGAUUAUGAUACCAUAGCAAUCGGUGAUAAGUUUGGCAACAUGAGCAUACAACGUUUACCACAUUCCGUGACGGACGAUGUAGACGAAGAUCCGACAGGCACAAAAUCCUUAUGGGAUCGCGGUCUCCUUUCGGGCGCUUCUCAAAAAGCCGAAAACAUUUCAACCUUUCACGUUGGUGAGAUCUUAAUGUCGCUGCAAAAGUCCACCCUUAUACCGGGUGGUUCGGAGGCCAUGAUUUAUACCACUCUUAGUGGUACAGUUGGUGCAUUUGUACCCUUUACAAGUCGCGAGGAUUUCGAUUUUUUCCAACAUCUUGAAAUGCACAUGCGCAAUGAGAAUCCUCCGUUGUGUGGCCGAGAUCAUCUCAGCUAUCGUAGUGCUUACUAUCCGGUCAAGAAUGUAAUUGAUGGUGAUCUGUGCGAACAGUAUUUAUCCAUAGAUCCGUCUAAGCAAAAAUCUAUUGCGGCCGAUAUGUUCCGUACUCCAAAUCAAGUUUGCAAGAAAUUGGAAGACAUUAGAACGCGCUAUGCUUUCUAAGGGAAGUUGGAGUGGUGUAAUUAUAUAUUGUUAAGCUUAUUUGUGUACGUACUUGUAGUUUUAACUUGUAGUAUGUUAGAAAACCAAGGAUAGAAGAUCCAAAAUUG